CUAUGAGUCCAAACUCUAUAAGCUAUUGCAGGGCGGAGUAGGCAUUCCCCACAUCCGAUGGUACGGUCAGGAACGGGAGUACAACGUGCUGGUGAUGGACCUGUUGGGGCCGAGUCUCGAGGAUCUGUUCAACUUCUGUUCGCGUCGGUUCACUAUGAAGACAGUGCUGAUGCUCGCGGAUCAGAUGAUCGGACGCAUUGAGUUCGUUCACAACAAGAACUUCAUCCACAGAGACAUCAAACCCGACAACUUCCUCAUGGGAAUCGGCAGACAUUGCAAUAAACUGUUUCUCAUUGACUUUGGUUUGGCGAAGAAGUACAGAGACAACCGCACGCGUCAGCACAUCCCCUACAGGGAGGACAAGAACCUGACGGGAACCGCCCGUUACGCCUCCAUUAAUGCACAUUUGGGUAUCGAGCAGUCCCGUCGCGAUGACAUCGAGUCGUUGGGCUAUGUGUUAAUGUACUUCAAUCGGGGAUCCCUUCCCUGGCAGGGCCUCAAAGCGGCCACAAAGAAGCAGAAGUACGAGAAGAUAUCGGAGAAGAAG